UUACUCAUUUGGCAAUACCGCGUUGAUUUUGACAGCGAUGACAUUUUGACAUGAAACACAUGAUAAAGAAGAAUCGCAAAAGUUACAAGAAAAUUGCCGUCAUUGAUUUUCUGAUUUCAUCGUGGUUAUUUUGGUAUUCCUUUGCUGCUGCCGUUUAUUAAUUGUGAAAUCAUUAUUAAUUACAUUUAAUAGCGUUAGAACUAAAAAACAGUUGAAGGAUGAAUCGGUCACGUCGGAUUCCACAAACUAGGAAUUUUGUGCCUGGCGGUGUAUAUGAUCCAAGACAGUCUUUUGCCGAGCAACAAGCAAAUCAAGGCGGCCAGUAUCAACGACGCCCAAAUUAUGACAAUAAAGCAGUGCGGAAUGAAACAACGCAGCAAGAGCAGCAACAAAAUACCGCACAACAGCAACAGAAUUAUGAAAAUACAAAAACGCCACCAUUAGAGCCACCGCCACAACCACCACAAAUGGAAGAUGAUGCAGCAGAAGAAGAUGUCAAAGUAGAGGAAACUGGCCUAUAUGAUGAAAGUGGAAAAUUGCAGUAUAAGAAUAUUUUCCGUACACGCAAGAAGUCUUCCGUCCGUGCAAAGGAGAAGAAAAUACGCCAGAAUCGUCAAUUGCGCAAAACACUAAUCCCCAAGAAUGCAUUGAUGGCACUGAAUGAGGUCGUUGGCUUGACAAUUAGCGAGUUUACUAUCACCAAUGCUUCAGGUGGUGGAUUUGUCGCUGUUGUUUCGGUCAAUGAUAAGCAAUAUGAAGGCAAGGGUCAUUCAAAGAUAGCUGCUAAAAAUAAUGCCAGUGAGAAGGCGCUACGGGAUUAUGUUUUGGAAAAAAUGCGUGAAAAGCCACGUUUGCGUAAGAAUUCAGUUAAUGCCGAUGAAUCUGUAGAAAUGGCCGUUGAUACCAACAAUGAAGUGGCAAGCGAGAAUGGUGAGGAUGGGCAGGAAAUUGCUGGUGCAAUGUCACUAAUGGAUGAUGUGCCCAUGGUCAAUUUGGCUUCAUUCGCCAUCUAUAAACUGUUUACUGAAUGGGAGAACGAGGGUUAUGUUGUGCCGGAGUUGCGUGUUGCACAUGCGCCACAAACAGGUACUGGCACUGGCACCGACAACAGCAAUGCAGAUGCAGGUCCUCAAGUUAAGCCACCAAAGGCGCCACCAAUUCGUUCUGAAUUGCCAAACAAUUGGGAGUCCAUACAUCCUUCUACUUUGCUUUGUAUGAUGCGUCCGGGUUUGCAGUAUCGCGAAAUAGGCACAGUAGGUGAUCCACCAAAUGUAUUACAGCGCAUGGGCGUUACCGUAGACGAAGUGGACUAUGAGAGCUCUGGUCGUUCGAAGAAAAUUGCACGCCGUAAUGUUGCCGUUUGUGUGCUUAACGAGUUGUUUGGUACCAAUUUCAUCAAGGAGCCACCAUUUGAAGAAUAGAUAAAAUAAUUUAUGGAAAUUUAAUACAUUCAAGUACAUAUAUAACCUAUUUCGUAAAUUUCAAAUCUGUAACUAAUUUUCCAUCUGUAGUCUAGCUUUUAAGAUUUUACCGGAUUGCACACUUUUACAAAUAAUAAAAAAAAAACACUUAAAAAAUAAUAAAUUGAAAGAUUCUUGCUACUACUAGGAAGGGGCAUAUUUGGAUUUAUUUUUUUUAGAAGUGGUCCCCUGCAAGGUUAUGUUGAAAAUAACUAAAAGUGCGUUGACUAACAAAUGAAAAACAUUACAAACACCCAGUUUUACAGAAGAAAAUGUAGAAGGAAGGAAAUGUUGAAAUGAAAAAUGGGCGUGGCGUCGCUCACAAUUGGGUCAAAAACCAUAUCUCAGGAAAUACUUUAUCGAUUUCAAUGAAAUUUCUUAUUUUAUUAUAUUUUUUUUUAUUUUCUUGACACCCCUGAUGAGACGGAUGAAAAAUAGACGAAAUCGGUUCACAACCACGCCUACUUCCUAUAUAACUCCAUUUUGAAUUCCUUCUGAUUCUUUAUAAUAUACACUAGAGCUCUUGGUAUUCGACUAAUCGACUAACCGAAUUAACCGAAUAGGGCAUUAUUCGAAUAAUAAUAUUCGGCUCGAACUAUUCGGAUAGUCGUCAGUCAUCGACUAUUCGAUUAACCGCUCAUUUUCGACUAUUCGGAUGAUUUUCCUUAUUCUGUUGGACUUUACGCCGAGAAUAUAUGGUUCAAAUUGUAUGUUAUCUUAAUAAAAUUAAAUAAAUAAAUUGCGAGAUUAUAAAAUGUUCGGUUGCAUCCGAACUUUUGAUUGAAGCUUUUUUCUAUGCAUUUUUGGGCAAAAAUAAUAAUAAAGUAAGUCAACAAAUUAAUAUAAAUAAAUAAAAGGCAAGUGUUUUUUUUUCUUGAAAUAUGUAUUUUAAUAGAAAGGAAAAUAAAAAUAGUAAUUUUACAAAAACAAAUUUCAAUAAAAGAUCAUAUUUGAAUAUCAUCAUUUUACAAUUCAUAUUUAACUGUUUUCACCCACAUUUAGUCGCUGUAAAUUAACAAUAAAAAAUACGUACAAUGUUUUUUAUAUGCCUGCUUUAUUAUAUUCUUUAUUUGAAUGACAAUAAAAUAUUAGUUUCAUAUUUUGGCUUUACAGAAAUCUUAUAUUUGCCGCAGUUAAAUGGCGGUGUUUUUAACUUUCAUUUCAUUCGAAUUGCUUUUACAUAUAUGUAUUUGUAUUUUGUAUUAUUUUGUCGUCGACGUCGUCGCAUAGGCUUCUGAAUUUCAAAUUUAGCUUGCUUGCUGCUUCGACGUUAUGGUAUUUAUGUUAAUAUGUAUGCAAUGCAAUGCAUGUAAUAAUACAUUCAAUUAGAUAAUUUGAUUUCGUUUUUGUUUGGUAACUUGUUUGCAGCACUAAAAAGAAAUGGUCGAGCAAAGUGUGUAACAAUUUAAUACGCUUUUCAUUUUUUUAAAAUACCAACUCAUGUCAUACCGCGAUCGUUCACCGAUUAUUGAAGAAACUCUACAACGAAUCAUUUCAUCAUUCACAUUUCAUAUAUCUCAAACACCUGCAUGCAAAUUUAUACAAUAGAUCUGAGUGUGUGGUGUAUAUGUGGAUUGUAUGGACAUAAAUAUGCAUGUGUGUGUUUGUGUGUCUUCUUUCAUUAUUAAUAUUUGGAAUGAAUUUAAAAAAUUAAAAAUUAAAAUAAUUUAUAUUUCUGACUUCAGCGCGCAACUUUGUAGUCUCAUAGACCCACUAAAUAUUUUUUAUAUAUAAUGUUAUAUACCGCAAAAACCGGUUUGCAUUUUCUUUGAGAUAACGAAAAGAAAAAUAAUUACAAAAGCAAUAUUAAAAAAAAAAGAAAAAUGUGAUUUUCGUAUUAAAUUUCGUACAUUUUCAAUUAUUAUUAUAUUUUGCAAAUUAGUGCGUGGUUUAUAAGCGCAACCGUAUCUAAUACACUCUUACUAAAAAAAAAAUGUGAAAAAAAUUAAUGAAAUAAAAAAUGGUAAUUUUUUUUUUAAUUUUGUAAAAAUGGAAUUUGUGCAGCAGAGCUCACUCACAUACAAUAUUUCAUACUCAACGAAUGAUUUGCGCGCUUAUUUAAAUAUUAUUAGUAUACAAUCGUUCACAAUGACUCUGCCAAUUAUAUUUUAUUUACUGUUGUAUAAAAAAAGUGAAUUAUUUAUUUUUUUUUUGCGAAGAUACAUACAUCCAUAAAUUAUGUUAUUAACUUGCGUAUGUGGUGUAUAAAUGUACCUAGAGCUAUGCAUAUGUCUGUCUGCCUCUUUUAUUUUUCAGUAUACACUAAUAUCGUAUGUAAUAUGUAAAAUUCUAAGCCAUGUACAUAUAUAAACAUAUGUGUCUAUAUAUAUAUGUAAAUAUAUGACGAAAAUUUACACAUAAUAAAUAUUAAUGGUACACAAACAAUAAACACUUCCAACUCACACACUUCAGUCGCGCGUGUGUACAAAUACGCGUACAUUCGCACCAGCAUUUCAUGGUACUUGAAAUUGGAUUUUUCUGCCGUUCAAGUUAAUACAAAAUAAAUAAAUAAUAAACAAAUAAUUAUUAAUAUUUUAUUUAUAAGAAAAUUGAAUUUUUUCAGACUUUCGAAGCCGCAUACUUGUAUGCAAUUAGUAUUUUGUAAUGCUAUGCUCAAAAAUGUGUACGUUUAUGUGUUUAGCAUGGAAAAAUAUUUCUUUGCUGUUGGGUUUGGUUAUUUCUUUUUUAUUUAUUUAUGUUUUACAUACGAUAUUUUUGUACUUGUAAACUUAAAAUACUUUAAUUUGCUUUCAUUUAUGUAUGUAUGUAUGUAUGGUUUUUUUUUAUUCAGGUGGGCAUAUUGAAAAUUUCUAUACCGAAUUUUCAGAAUUUAAAGUUAAAUAAAUUCUCAUUUUUUGCUAAAAAAAAUAUAGCAUUUUUUAAAAACUACUAAUGAAUUAAAUUCGUUUACCUGACAAACAAGUGAGAUUCUUUCUGUGAGAGCCAAUAACAAAAAAAAAAUAUAUAUUUAAUAUUAAAAAAAUAAUUAUAAGCUGUUUGUAAUUGUAUUUUGAAGCUUUUAUAAAAUUGUAUGUAUUAAAAAAAAAACAUUACUUUCUUUCAGUGCAAUUAUUUUAGUUUAAUAAUUCAACGUAACAAAUUUGCGGUAAACGAAUUUUUCAUUAUUGCGCUCAGCAAAAACCACUUUUUCUUUCCUCCUCCCCAUAAAUCAUUCAUUCGCUCGGCGAAAAUUCACAAAUUUCCAUUUUUUACAUUAACUAUUUUGGUAUGCACAUUUUCAAAAAACGAAAAAUUAUAAUAAUAAACUACUAACGGUGUUCUAUUCAAAACCAAUUGUGAUUUUGUAUACAGUUUUCUAACGCUAAUAAUGCUUUUGAAAAUUUUCAAAGAGAGUACCCUACAGCUCAAUUACAAAAAAAAAAUAUGUAUAUAUGUAUUCGUAUUUAUGUUUGCAUGUGCAUUAAUACACACACAACAAAAAAAAAAAUAAAAAAAUAAGGUAGGGAAAACAUUGAAUGCGUUUAAUGAGAAACAUUUUUUGUUUUGUGAAAUUUGCAACUUAUUUAAUGUUUCGUACAGUAGUUCAGCUACAACACAUUUUCGCACAGCUGCACUGGCGCAAUACGAAAAUUCUUUAAAAUAUGCAAUAUAUAUGUAUAUAUCUUUUUGUACAUAUAAACGUUAGUUUUUGUAGAGUUUGUGAGUUCAUGUGAUAAUUUUGUUAUCUUUUUUGUUUUAACGUACAUAUGUACACAUGUAUAUAAUAUAUAUAUAUAUAUAUAUAUGUGUAUAAUAUAAAAAAAGAAAAAUAUAGUAUAGAAUGUGCCUCAUAUCAUCCAUAUAAAUAUAGUUUUGUUAUCAUAUGUUUUUUUUUUUAUUUUUUAAGUCUAUCACAUCACAUUUUGUUGUUGGUUUUUGUAUGCUAAAUUUUAUGUUGUCGCUUUGCAGUUGAAUUUGUUUCGUUUUGCUUGUUUUUAACCAUAAUUGUAGCAAUUAUACAUAACGCGGCUUUUCUAAAACAAAAAACAAAUGCAUUGCAAUAAAUACCGUUUUUGAAACAAUAUUUGUGGUUCAAAAGAUUUGCUUGUUUUUAUACCCCCCAUGUUAUUUUCUUUCUCUGUUACGACCCGUAUGACGGGCAAUUCCUACAUGCACAUAUAUGUAUGUAUGUAUUUAUACUGCUAAACAAACUAAUUUUUGUUCACUGCAAAAACAACAGCAGAAAAAUGCUUUAUAUGUAUAAAAAUAAUUAAUUUGUUUUCUUUUCGUUAAACAAUGUUAAUUUCUUCCCCAAUUAUGUAUUCGAAUUACAAGCUACAUAGGUAUGAAUGUAUAAAAAAGUUGAAAAUAAAAACAAAAAUUUUAUUCAAUUCAACAUUUCUAGUCUGUUUUUUUUUAACUAAGUAAGAGAUCUUUAGGUUGAAUACAACAUAGUUGCACAUCAUUGAAUACUGCUAAUAUCCAAAUUAAUGUGAUUCGAUGAAAAACUUCACUUUCGCUCGUCACAAAUGAAAAAUGCUAUGACAGCUGUUACAGCGAGUAGCGAUUUAGUCAUGGUACUAACUAUUACUUUGUUCGUUUUUUGUUUUUGUUUUGGGUUAUAAAUUCCUGCCCAAAAAGUAACUAGUACCUACAACAUACGCAUAAAAUGCAAUUAUUUGUCACGAAAAAGAGUUGGGAUUGCUUUUUCAUCUUUAACUAACGAAAUUGUUAAAACACAUACGACAUAUGUAUUUAUGUAUGUGCAGCAGUUAUACUCGUAUGUUUUUAGUAAACUUUAUGCGUUUUUUUUUU